UAUCUUUUACUUCAAAAUAUUUAGGAUGGUAUUAAAAAUCACGAUAAUUUUAAUUUUUUCACACUAAUGUGUGUGAAAUUUUCAUUAAAACAACAGAUAAAUAUAUUUCACGAAUCAUAAAAUUUUGCCUCUCAGGAUUAUUAACUCCUUUCAUUCGAUGUUUUCGGAUUUACCGACAAUAGAAUAUGGUAUCUUUAAUUCUCUCAAACCCAUCAAACUUUUUGGCACCGGCGCCGUUCCAGUUUUCGCUGAUCCUUUUAUUAUCCGUGCAGUUUCUAGGAUUAUUAAAGUUGGUCUUCGUAAAAUCGCGAAGGCGGGAUUAGACACCGGAAACGAGGUGUCUGCACAUCAACGUACAUACGUGUUAGAGUGUAGAAUUUUGCGAAUUUUGGUAGGCUGAUAUCUAACUUAACUUUCAAUCGUCGUUGGAAAAAUUUCGAUCACGAAUCAAUGUUGAUGUAAUCGAUCUAUCGAAAUUACGGAAUGGAAUUACGGAAAGAAUUUCGUCAUGAACAUGAAUGAAAUUUAUGAAAAGGGAUAAAGGAAGAAGAUAAGAAAUAGAUUUUUACAAUAUUUUCAAUCAUCGAUCCAAUUAUGUAAUCUCAAUUAGGCGAACGAGAGGAAAACGAAAGAAAGGAUUUUAGUUAAAAAUAUUACGGGACCGUAAAAGAAUAAAAGUGUUAUCUAUUUGACCGCGUAUUGGAGAUUUGAUUUAUGUUCGGUCAAGAAGAUAGCAGUUUAUGGAAUUUAUGGAAUCGUAGACGCAUCGUUGAAAUAUACGAAAAUGCAUGGACGAUUCAGUUGUUCAAUAAUGAUUGUUGAACGUUUAAGAGAUGAUAAAUACGAAGGAAGGGCAAUAUUUGUUCACAGAGGAAAAUAUUUAGUAAAGAGUGAAAAGCAUCGAGACAAUAGAAAAUUUGUUGAAUAGGAUCCUCGUGACAAUGGAGCGUAGAAUAGAAUAGCGAAUUCAUAGCGACAAAAUGGAACGGACAAUAGAUGGUCAAUGAUAAUAGAAAAUGUUACAUAAUGAUUCAGUUAUAUAGGCAUAAAGAAAUUAACGAAAUCAACGUUUUCCAAACUUCUCUCUACCCACGAAGAGAACUUAACCACCAUCUAUCUAGUAAAAAUCUAUCUUCGAAUAAAUCUAACCAAUAGAAAUGUUCGAAUAAAACACGCGUGUUAAAAUAGAAACUAUUUGACGUAUUCUAAAAGAAUACUUUUUCAUCGAUAAAAGUUCCACGCGAAUGAACGAGAUGAACACGACAGGCCGAUGAAAAAAAGAUUAUCAAGCAUCGUUUCGUUAACAGAGGCUGAAACUUUAUCCCCGUUGGCCGAGAUUUAGUGGAGAUAAAAAAAAUUGAGUCGGACGGGAGAGAGAGAAGAGAAAGAAGUAUCAAAAUUUUCUCUCGAAUAGUGGGAACAGGCGUGAAUACGAUAGAGUGGGGAAAAAUAUAAAAGAAAGUUUAGCGGAUAAAAACUUUCGAGUCAUGUGAAGAUACACGUGAACGUACGCGUCGAGAACGAGAUCAUCGAUGAUUCGUUAUCGUGUUACGAAUGAAAUGCACGAAAUACGUUUCGCGUUCCAAUUUGUUCUUUUCAACUUGUACAGCGAAUAAAUUCAACCCGAGUCGAUCGAGACACGCGAUACAUUUGUAUUUUCGCGGCCAUCGUAUUAUGAUAUUUUAAAUUCGUUCGUGCAUUUCGUCCGAUAAUUGGAUAAACCGGAUGCACUUUUAGAACCUCGAAGAUGAACAUAUUUGUACGAGUGAGUAACGAUUACGAUAUUCGUCGAUAGAAUUUUUUUCACUACAUAUUUUUGCAACAAUGCAAAAUGAAUAAUCAAUCGAUAUCGAUCAUUUUAAAUGGGGUUAAUGGGAACGGGUAAUAAUUAAUCGUUCUCGUGUCGCUAGAAUUGGUUUCUACUAGUUGCACUUUUCGUUUUACCGCUCGAGAUUAUCGAAAUGGGAAAUGGUUACAAACUAAUCAGACCGUACAAGUAUUAUCAACGUAGACCAUUGCGGUGGUCUGGAUGGUGGCACGCGGAUCACAAAUCAUCCAAGUUCUACCAUUCUAAGAAGAUAUCGCCGGAAGACUAUUACUCCCGCGGGCCAAUCUAUAAUAGAUAUGGUUUGGCGAGAGACGAUUUUGAUGGACAUACCGAAAAUAAUCCCUGUAUCAUCGUGAUACAAUUGUCUAAAGGGAGAAACGAAUACGAAGACGAUAAAAGAAACAGGAAAUACGAAAGAAUUCCUGUAUACAUCAGUGAAAAUGAUUACAACGACGAAUCAAAGAUAUUCAAUAUUAAUAACAGAAACGUGCAAAUACAGAUGGUCAAAAGUGAAAAUCCAAAAUUGCAUAUCAAAAUAUCAAGAUCGGAUAACGAAAAAGAUAUUAAAAUUAUGGAUAAAUUGAAUAUCAGUGUACGAAACCAUUAUUGACAAAUACAAAUAAAUUUUAUAUACACAAAUUUAACACGAUGGAAUAAAAUUGAAUUUUUAUAUUUCAGUUGAAAAAUUUUGGAUGAAAACGAAUAUUUUAAUGAUUAUAAAUUAACUAUCGGUUGGAAAAUAAUUCUUUUGCGAAAAUCUCUCUUGAUCGAAUCUCAAGAAUUAUAAGGAUUAAAGAGGCAAUAUUUUUAGAAAUUAUUUAUAUUUCGUACCCCUGUAUUUAUUAUAUCGUAUAUUAUAUCAUUAUUA